AAAAAAAGCAAAAGAUAAAAAGUUCUGAAGCCAAUGAAAACAAGGAAUGAUAUAAAAAAGGCUCUAGAAAGUGUUCAGGAAAUAAAGAAAGAUCUGCCAAUAAUUAUAGAAUCUCAUUCUUCAAAUCAACUGCCAGAAAAUGUUAAUGAUAUUGAUGCAGAAGAUGCUAAAAAUCCACAGCUUGUCAGCAUUUAUGUGAAUGAUAUUUAUAACUACAUGAGGCAAUUGGAGCUAAUAUAUCCUGUGCAUGAGCAUCAUUUAAAGAUUCAGCCUGAAAUAACAGGAAAGAUGAGAGCUGUAUUAAUCGAUUGGCUUAUUCAAGUUCAUCUACGAUUUCAUUUACUUCAAGAAACGCUCUACUUAACUGUGUCUAUUAUUGAUCGGUAUCUCCAGGUUGAAAAAGUGAAAAGAUCAGAACUGCAGCUUGUGGGAGUUAGUGCAAUGUUCAUUGCUUCAAAAUAUGAAGAAAUGUAUGCUCCAGACAUAGGAGACUUUGUUUACAUUACUGAUAAUACAUAUUCUAAGCAGGAAAUUUUUAAAAUGGAAAGAUCAAUGCUCAGAAAAUUGGAUUUUAGUUUGAGUAAACCUUUGCCAUUGCAUUUCUUAAGAAGAAACUCUAAAGCUGGUGACGUUGAUGGUACCAUGCAUACGUUAGCAAAAUACUUGAUGGAGAUUGCUCUUCUUGAAUAUGAACUUGCCCAUUACAGACCAUCUCAGUUGGCUGCCGCUGCGUUGUACUUAUCUUUAAAGUUAUUAACUAAAUCUGAAUGGAGUGAUACUUUGAAAUACUAUAGUAAAUACGCAGAAGAAGAUGUUCUACCUUUAGUCCAAGCUCUAUGUGGAGUUCUUUUGAAAGCAGAUUCAUCUAAACAUCAGGCUGUCCAUUUGAAGUAUGCAAGCAGCAAGUUACAUAAAAUCAGUACCAUUCCUCAGUUGAAAUCACCUAUCGUGAAGGAAUUGGCUGGAAAAAAAUAAAACCAUUUCUAUCAUGUAACACUUUUAAAUUAAAUUUCUUUGCAUUCAUUUUUGUACUGAUCAUGAAAAGGACUGUGAACAUAUUUCUUUUCAUUUAGUGUGGAUUUUUAUCUGACAAAUUUUACUGUAAAUUUAAUGACUUGUAAAUGCUAUUUUAUCGUGUGUAAAUUGUGUAUAAUAAUAAUAAAAAGUAUGUAAUUUUCAUUGUGUUAAAA